UAUGGCCGAUAUUUCCGAAAUAUCCUCACUGUUGUCAAUUUUCACUGUCAUCUUGUGUUUCUCUGCAAUGGCUGUAUUUAUUAUGAGACUUGGAAUAAAUCCGCUUCCAACCAUCAGUAGUUCAGGUAUUGGAGAUGGUGUUCCAGUCACAGCUAUGGUAGGAGUACGAAAUCCAUUUAUCUUAGAAGUUGUCAAUACCCAGCAGUCAUCAUUGAAUAGUGGCGUUAAAUUAAAACUAUCCACAGAAGUGACCUGCAAUGUAGAAGUAUAUUGGGGUCUGGAAAUUAAAUCAUUAUAUUAUAUGUUUACUAAACAUGGAACCCAUGUUGAAAUGUUACAAGACGACACUAGUAUGCACGAGGAUGAUGUAAAUACACAUGAUGGUGAACCUCCGCUGCAGCUAUUUAUUGGUAAAAACCAACCUAUAAGUCUCGAGGUAUGCGAGGGAGAGAUUCUAGAAUUGAAACCUCAUGUUGAAGAGAAUGAAAAUGGCAAAAGUUUAGAUUUUGGUAGAUUACCCAGGACGAGGUAUCCACUGGUAGUGAUGAUGUCAGUUGCCGAGACUGAACAAGUGUAUAAUGACUAUGACAGUGGAUCAGAUAUUGUAGCCAUGGUAACAGCUGUCCAUUUACCAGACGAUAGUUAUUCCGCCAAAUCACAUCUAAUUUUGCAGAUGGUUAAAAACAGUGCAGGAACUGUGUGUAAUCUAGAGAAGUUUUAUAUGUCAGUGGACGAAUCAGAAGCGUCUUCAGAAACAUUGGAUCCCCAGUUGCCAGUUGAUGAUUUAACAGCUGAAACCCUAGGUGCCAAAGACUGCACAGUGUGUCAAAAUGCUGGAAUAACUCGUGUGCUGCUGCCAUGCAGACAUGCAUGUGUUUGUGAUCAUUGUUUUCCAUUGCUGAAAAAAUGCCCCAUGUGUCGGGGACAUAUUGAGUCUUUCUUUCAUAUGUAUAGAAAUUAUGCAUACGAAACGUAUGACGAUACAGACAGUGAUCUUGAAGAGGAGGUUCCGACUUUGCUGGGGAAAUUUGAAAGAGCACGAGAACGACUAAAUCAGUGGUUGGAUUUUACGAACUGA